AAGAGGCCGCCUAUAUAUAUAACUUGAGAAAAUCUUUGACCUGACCACGAUUCCCAACUCUUUUCCCCUGUUUUACCUUAUCCGACACCCCAUCAAACAUUAUGGCUUUAAUCACCAGUGAAUCAGUAUCCUCUUCCUCUUCCUCUUCCACCAAUUCUUGGAGAAAUGAUGUCUUUAUCAGUUAUAGAGCUGCAGAUACACGCUACAAUUUUACAGACCACUUGUACAGCAAUUUGCAACAGAAGGGAAUUAAAACCUUCAUGGAUACUGACUAUAAGAGAGGGGAAGAAAUGUCACCAGCACUUUGGAACGAAAUUGAAGGGUCGAAGAUUUCUAUCAUCGUAUUCUCCGAAAACUUUGGAUCCUCGUCCUGGUGCUUGGAUGAACUCGUCAAGAUCCUUGAUUGUAAAAGUUCAAAACAACAGAUGGUUAUGCCAAUUUUUUACAAAGUGAAACCCUCGCAUGUGAGAAAGCAAUUGGGCACUUUUGGUGAAGCAUUUGUCGACCAUGAACGCAUAUUCAUUAAUGACAUGGAGAAGGUGAUGAGAUGGAGGGCAGUUCUUACGGAAGCAGCAAAUUUGCACGGGUGGACUUUGAAGGAUGGGAGCGAGUCCAAAUUUAUCAAUGACAUCGUUGAAGAGAUUUCAUUGCAAGUAUUAAAUCGUACAUAUUUGCAUGUGGCAAAGUACCCAGUUGGUAUAGAGUCUCGUUUGCAAGAUAUGGGUGAGCUUUUAGGUGCUGGGGUAAAUGAUGUUCGCAUGGUAGGUAUAUGGGGGAUUAGGGGAAUAGGUAAGACAACAAUUGCCAAAGCAGUUUAUAACUCAAUUGUCCAUCAGUUUGAAGGUAGUUGUUUUCUGGAAAAUGUUAGAGAAAACUCAGCGGCACCUAGAGGCCUGCUCCAACUACAGAAGACUCUUCUUUAUGAGAUUCUAGGGGGAAAAGAAUUGGAGUUGACAAGCGUUGAUAAAGGUAUCAAUGUAAUAAAGCAAAGGUUGAGUCAUAAAAGGGUUCUCUUGAUGCUUGAUGAUGUGGAUCAAUUGGACCAAUUAAACAAAUUAGCUGGAAGGUCUGAUUGGCUUGGUUUGGGUAGUAGAAUUAUCAUAACAACAAGACAUAAGCAUUUGCUAACGUCUCAUCAAGUUGACUUAGUGUAUGAGGUCAAGGAACUAGAUACUUAUGAAGCUUCUGAACUCUUCAGCUAUAACGCCUUCCCGGAAAAAGGACUUCCAGAUGAUUAUAAGAACCUUGCAGUAAGUCUAGUAGAUUAUGCUAAGGGGAUCCCAUUAGCUCUCACGGUUACUGGUUCGCUUCUAUGUGGUAGAAGUGUAGAUGAGUGGCGAGCUGCAUUGGAUUGUUACAGAAGAGCUCCUUCCCUGGAUACUGAUGAAAUCCUCAAAAUAACCAAAAAUGCUCUAGAACAUCCGGAAAUAUCCAUGGAAACUGCCCUCGUGAGGAUUGAUCCGAAUGAAGAAGAACAUGUUCAAAUGCAUGACUUGCAAGAAGAAAUGCAUAUAGAAACUGCUCGACAGGAUGUUCGUGAGGAUGUUUACAUUGGAACAAUUGGAAUUCAACACCAAGAAAGUUUGCCUGAGCAACCAGAUGGGAUAUGGUCUAGUGCUAAAAGCUUCUUAAGUAAGGUAUUUUCAGCGGAGUGGAUGUUUUUAAUCGUUAGCCUGAUGCUAGAGAUCUUUUCAGCUAUAUGUGAUCAACUUUCCUCCCCAAGAAAGCCCCUCUAUGCACUCUUUGGUAUGGGGCUGGCUAUUAUGGCUCUAGCCACUUGCAUUUGGGAAUUCAUUCACAAAGGCAGAAGAGGAAAUGUUCAAUUUGGCAAGUGCGGAAUAUUGCUGUGGUGGUUUUAUUGUCCAUGUUCAGGCACCCUUUUUGGUACUUUCCCUGAGAUUUGUGGAUUAAUUUAUGCAAUCACUCAGUGGGCGUACUCCAUGGUUCAGUUUGUGUGCGUGCUUCGGCAUAAGGACAAUCCUUUCAAAGUAAACAUUUUGCCUGUCCUUUUUCUUCUGUGUUUGGUUGUUUCAAAAUUAAUUCGGAAUGCAAGGGGCAGAACAAGAGAGGAGACCAGUGAGAAGGAAUUGGAAUCCAUUGCUGUUGGCUCUUGAGCUAGACUACGAACUUGUAAUGUCUUUGUAACUUUGCAGCUUAGAAGAUUGUGUUUGUCAUGCCCAGCAAAAUUUUGACAUGCAUGCAGUUUAGCCAAAAAAAUA